GGAAUAAUUUGGUGGCAGGACAGAGGAGCAGGGAGUAUAAAAGGUCAGUGCUGGGGGGGGAGCAAGGCCAUGAAGAAUUUGGUAUAAUCAAACAGGAUCUUUUGCUACGUUACAGCCCUUUCUCAUCAGACAGCAUCCUCCCUCAUCAUGGCUGACUUUGACUUGGUUUUGAAGCACUGGGGUCCAGUGGAAGCAGACUACACCGGUCAUGGGGGUCUGGUUCUGACCCGUUUAUUCACGGAGCAUCCAGACACCCAGAAGUUGUUCCCUAAGUUUGUCGACAUCGCUCAGGGAGACCUGGCCGGUAAUGCAGCUGUUUCUGCCCACGGUGCCACUGUGUUGAAGAAACUUGGUGAACUGCUGCAGGCCAAAGGCAACCACGCUGCCAUCCUCCAGCCUCUGGCCAACAGCCAUGCAAACAAGCACAAGAUCCCUAUUAAUAACUUCAAGCUGAUUACUGAGGUUAUCAUUAAAGUCAUGGCGGAGAAGGCAGGACUCAACGCUGCAGGGCAACAGGCCAUGAGGAACGUGAUGACCGCCGUCAUCAACGACAUGGAGGCCAGCUACAAAGAGCUCGGCUUCACCGCCUGAAGAGCUCACUGAAGUCAUGCUGGGGUUGGAUGAUAGACAGGAAAAUCUUUCCCUUUUCAGUGCUUUUUGUUUGCAAAUAAAAAACCUCAGUAUACAUACACUAAUCAAAUUUUAAAUAAUAGUAAAUAAAUAUGAACAUAGAGCUGAUCCUAAAGAACACAAUUUCACAAAUGAACUCGAGUUGCAGAUUUACUUAUAAAAUGUCAUCUUUUGUUGUUUCUCAGAAAUAAGCAGCUUAACUGUUUUUACUUCAGUUUAAAAAAAAUCUUGAUCUGAAUUCUUUAACAUGCUGUAAAUCAUUGUCUCACAUCACCAAUAAAACUCUGUGUUGCUCUA